UACCCAAUGCUAAAAAUGAUUGUGGUUUUGGCGGGUACAAGAUGGAGAUUGCAAAACCUGUAGCAAAUAUGGAUGAAAACAUAUUGCGCAAGGGGAAAGAUUUAUCAAGACAACAUGGUCCUCCAAUGAGGCAAGCAAAUCUACAGAUGAAACUGGUAGAUCCUAAUGUAAAUACUAUCUCCAAAAUCCAUGGUUUACCAACAAAACAAACCCCACCGUUAAGACAAACAAACCUACAACUAGGAAAAACACAAGGGCCGAGAUUACAUAUCAAGCCGGCCUCUCGGUUUUCUAUAGUAACAACCAAGCCUAAUAAACCCACACAUAGUCAAUACACAUCAAGGAGUCAAUUUAGUGAAGAAACCCAGAAUAAAUAUGGUCUUGGCACGAAACCAAAACAGGCUCAACAUCAUGCUAUAGCCAUAACAGAACAACGUCCUAUUGCUGUUGUCAGAAAGCCACUCCCUGAUCAUAAGUUGGAAAGGCAAGCAACAAUAUUAGAAGGCUGCAAGGUAGGUAUAGGGAAGAGAAACAACACCGACAUAGCUGAUUUGCGACUAGAGGCAACGAAGCGCAAGCUAAAUGAUGCCUACCAGGAAGCUGAAAACAAGAAAAGGAAGCGUUGUGUGCAAUAUGUGGAUAUGCAUGACGUCAUACCAAACUUACAGCAAAGAAAGGCCACUACUACAUCAACGAAGCAAAGAAGGAAUAGACCAAAUGACAGGUUUUCUGUAUCCAGGUCACGCAAAUGAUCCAUACAUUUGGAUAGCUUAUUCUUCCCAUCUAGCUUGAAUAGUAAGAUAUAAGGAAAUGCAUCAACAUUGAUCUUGUGCCUGUCGGAAAUAUAUGAUGUACUAACUCUAUGCAUAGGAAGUAGC